AUGACCGCGUUCCAACAGUGCUCCUCAGAUGAGAGUGGCUUUGUGCCGGAGGUGAUGCCGGAGCUGAUGCCGGAGGUGAUGCCGGAGCUGAUGCCGGAGCUGAUGCCGGAGCUGAUGCCAGGCGGCUGCCCAGGGCUCCCCAGAUGGUCAUGUGACUGUGCGGGCCGCAGCGUCCCCAGCCGAGAGCGGGGGGCUCAGGAACUGUCCGCUCUGCAGGGAACCAGCCCCGGUGUCAGCUUCAGCCUCUGGUGA